CAUCAGCAUCAUCUUCUUUAUGUUGUGUGCWUCCAUCAUCUCCGGUAUCGCAGCUUUCCUUUGUCGACACGACGAGCGAUAGACGAUAAAGAUAUAGUAGUACUAUUGUUGGAAUAAGAUAUCUCAACAAAAAUACCUUGCAGUUUGAUCUUCCCUUGACGUGCAAUCCUGCCUUCCCACAUAUCUACUACUGUCGCGUCUUCUUUAAAAACGAAAACGUCAGUUGGCAAUAUUUACAUCAUGCGAUUCACAACGAUGGCGAUUCUAUCCGUCUUGGCUGCAACCGUAAGGCAAAGCAGGGGAUUUUUGCCCACCGAGCAAUUGCGAAGAGCGGCUGUCACAAUUCCAUCGGUCGUUCGACGAUCGAAUUCCUUGCAGCUUUCGAWAGCAUUGACACGUUGUCGCAGCACCUCGGCUCUGUUUGGCAGUGACGAUAUCCUUGGAACCCCCGCAACCACAACAGACGACGGGAAAAGGCCCUUCCAAAUCACAACGCCCAUAUACUACGUCAACGACAAGCCGCACAUCGGGCACGCCUACACCAGUACGGCAUGUGAUGUACUGGCUCGAUUUAUGCGUCUGAGCGGACGAGAAGUAUUCUUUCUUAGCGGAACCGACGAACACGGCCAGGUACGUCAUGCCGAAGACAAGAUCUAUUUUCAUGACUGGUAUACGUAGGACGAAAUAUUUGACUUUCAGGUUCUGUGCAUUCUUUCAGUUCGUAUCAUUCGUGCCCGAAUCUCAAAAAUAUUUGUUUUUCACACCAUGUCCAUCACGACUUUUGAUUCGAUUUUUUCUUUGGUAUCGGCGUUUGUUGUGAUUUAAUCGACUGUUUGGUGAAUUUAUGCUGGUGUUCAAAAACAAAAUAAAAACGACAGAAAGUGGAGCAAUCGGCAGAGAAGAGGGGGAUUCCACCUCAAGAAUUCGUCGACGAGGUCUCCGUCAGUUUCACAGAAUUAUUGGAUCUUUUGGAAAUUACGAAUGAUAAAUUCAUUCGAACGACAGAAGACGCCCACAAGGAGUCUGUUCAGCAUUUAUGGAAGUCACUUGUAGAUAAGGGUUACAUUUACAAGGGAACAUACAGUGGAUGGUAUUCCGUCCGGGACGAAUGCUUUUACAACGAGUCGGAACUGGUCGACGGAAAAGCCCCGACCGGUGCCGAGGUUGAGUGGGUUGCAAAGGAAGAGUCCUAUUUCUUCAAGCUAAGCGCCUUUGAGGAAAAAUUGAUGGAAUACUAUGACGCAAACCCUGAUUUCAUCGCACCAAAGACCCGCCGUAACGAGGUUACCGCCUUUGUUGAAGGCGGUUUGAGGGAUCUGUCGAUUAGCCGAACAUCAUUUUCGUGGGGGGUUCCGGUCCCAGACGACGACGAGCACAUCAUGUAUGUUUGGAUGGACGCCCUUACAAAUUACAUUUCUGCGCUCGGAUACCCAAACACCGACGCCGAAUCGGAAUACUCCAAAUACUGGCCGGCGGCGCUCCAUGUUGUCGGAAAGGACAUCCUUCGCUUCCAUGCCGUGUACUGGCCGGCAUUCUUGAUGGCAGCGGACCUGCCCCUCCCAAAGCGCAUUUUUGCACACGGAUGGUGGACCAAGGAYGGAGAAAAAAUCUCGAAGUCCUUAGGCAAUGUUAUCGAUCCCGUAGACCUUGUGGAGAAGGUAAGCAACAUGCYUGGAAUACAAAUUUGAUUCGGCGUUGAUGAURUAUUUYUUUCUAAUUUGUUUGAUUCGAUUUCUUUCUGGAACAUUUUUUAUUAACAGUACGGUGUGGAUCAAACCCGUUUCUUCCUCAUGGCCGAAACGAACUUUGGUAGCGACGGAGAUUUUUCCGAUAACUCAAUGAUUCUCAAGGUUAACAACAACCUUGCCAACGAGCUCGGAAACCUCUGCCAACGGACGCUCUCGAUGGUCUUCAAGAACUGCGGCAAAGCCUCACCAACGCCCGGCGACUUCACCGAGGAAGACGAGGCGUUGCUUGCAUCUGCCCGUGGUCUGCACGAACGGUGUGCGGCGGCCGUUUCGGAGCAAAAGAUCCAGGGCUACGCCAACGAGCUCAUUCAGAUGGUAUGGGACGCAAACAAAUACAUCGAUACCAUGGCCCCAUGGGUUCUCCGCAAAACGGACGAGGAGCGCAUGKCCACGGUACUGUAUGUGAUCAUGGAAGUCUUGCGGCACGUUGCCAUUUUGUACCAACCGAUCAUCCCAGGAUCUGCCGGCAAGAUCUUGGAUCUCUUGUCGGUACCUGAAGACCAGCGAUCCUUUGAACAUCUGGAAGGGGACGAAUAUAAAAUCAAACCAGAAACUCCUAUUAGCAAACCACAAGGAGUCUUCCCAAGGAUCGAAGUACCAGAACUUGUGGAGUCAUGAUGUGUGCUUAACGCAAAUCAAUUCAAAACCAUCACGCGUUCACAUUGCGUUGCUCAUAAUUAAACACUGUAUUCAUA